CAAAAAAAAUAAUAAUCCAAGCACUCCUCUCUCCGUCUCCCUCUUCUUUGCACAGAUACUUCACCAUGAACUCACUCUCCAUAUCCACACUCCUCACACCUCCUUCUUCUCUACUGCCCAACAUCACAUACUCUUCUACAUCUCUUAUAUUACGAAACCCUAGUAUUCAAAAAUCUCUAAUUUCUCCAAUCAAAUCUCAUUUAUCUUCUUCUUUAUCUACAACCCCUCAAAAUUUUAACUCGGAAACCCUAAAAACUGUUGAAAAUUUUGUGUUGGGGUUUGAUGAAAUAGAAUCAUCCUACAAUCCAAUUUUUUCAUCUUCAUCUUCAAUUACUAUGUCUCAAGCUCCAGCUAGUCCUCCUAGAGGAGCAGAAGCAGACCCAAUGGGUUUAUUAUUGAGAGAAAGAAUUGUGUUUUUGGGUAAUCAAAUUGAUGAUUUCGUUGCUGAUGCCAUUAUCAGUCAGUUGUUAUUGUUGGAUGCUCAAGAUCCUACUAAAGAUAUCCGUCUUUUCAUUAACUCGCCUGGUGGGUCUUUAAGUGCUACCAUGGCCAUAUAUGAUGUGCUACAACUUGUACGGGCUGAUGUCUCCACUGUUGCACUUGGAAUUGCUGCAUCAACAGCUGCAAUCAUUCUUGGUGGUGGCACCAAAGGGAAACGUUUUGCGAUGCCUAACACACGGAUAAUGCUUCAUCAACCUCUUGGUGGUGCUAGUGGACAAGCAAUUGAUGUGGAAAUCCAGGCCAAAGAAAUUAUGCACAACAAAAAUAACGUCACUAGAAUCAUCUCCGGUUUCACUGGUCGAACUUUUGAACAAGUUCAGAAAGAUAUUGAUAGGGAUCGCUACAUGUCUCCAAUGGAAGCAGUCGAAUUUGGAAUUAUCGAUGGGUGUAUCGACAGUGAGAACAUUCUCCCACUUAUGCCAGUGCCCGAUAAGGUGCAAUCAAGGUUCAGCUAUGCAGAAGUAAUGAAAGAUCCGAAGAAAUUCUUGACACCAGAAAUUCCCGAUGAUGAGAUAUACUAAUAGGAUUACAUUGUCUUAUGCAGGCAGCUAUAUCAUCUCCAGUUGAUCACUAAUAGAAAUGUGUUUUUAAUGUUAACCAUGUUGGAGAAAGAAUUUCUUUUGUGUUUCAGAGCUUUAGCUGAUUAAUUAUGAAUGAAUUGUUUCAGCAUUAUUACCUAGUUUUGGGGCCGAAGCUUUAGUGAUCAUAAUCUGGUUGCUAUUACAUUAUUAUAGUCGGCUUUUAAACUUUCAGAGUUUUGGUACAUUUUGACAAAUAUUGUUCCUGUAUUGGACUGUAAAUUCAUCUUGAUGUUUUAGCCGGUCGAAAUUGACAUA